AUGUUUAUGACUUCAAUCGUCGGCUCGAAAUUUUAUUGUGCUCAGUCAACGUGCACUCCAUUUGCAAAUACUACCGAAAGAGAUAUUUUUCAGUGUGAAAUAGCAUGCUUAUUUGAAGUUCGAUGUAAAGCACUGACCUUUCAUCAAUCGACCUUGAAUUGCGAAAUAUUCGGUAAUGUAGCCAAUCUAACUGCAAACAUGAUAGCUGACUCGAAUGUUACCACUAUGAUUAUGAUAGACGGAACACGAUUUCCAAACAUAUGGACUACAACAAGUGGCAUGAAUCAACCACGAUUGUAUCAUGCGGCAUGCACUCUAACAAAUGGUCAAGUACUAGUGACGGGUGGAUAUAAUAGUAGUGUCUAUACGAAUAGUGCAGAAUUGUACGAUUCGUUAACGAACAUGUGGAAGUGGACAGGAAAUAUGACCAAUGCUCGACAAAAACAUGCCGCUAUUUUAUUGGCGAAUGGAAAAGUCUUGGUUAGUGGUGGAUCGAAUGUUGGUACCUAUUUAACUACUUCAGAAUUGUAUGAUUCUUCUACGGGCGUUUGGACAGCUACAGGAAAUAUGAUUUGGCGACGACAGUAUCAUUUGAUGACUCUCUUGAGAAGUGGAAAGGUGUUAGUAACUGGUGGUUCGAACGGUACUAUUAAUUUGGAUACUGCUGAGUUGUAUGACGUGUUCACAGGCCUCUGGAUCGCAACAACAUCUAUGAGUGGUCCCAGAUUGUUUCAUACCGCAUCCAUAUUGCCAAGUGGAGAUGUUUUAAUCGCUGGCGGAACUAUGAGUGGUGCUGUCACGAGUAGCUCUGAGAUAUACAAUUCAACGACAGGUCUUUGGACAGCAGCGGGAAAUAUGAUUAAAAAACGACAAUAUCAUACGAUGUCGCUGCUAGCAAACGGAAAGAUACUAGUUGCUGGUGGAUUUGAUGGUACUACACGACUAAACACUGCUGAAUUAUAUGAUUCAGCAACAAAUCUUUGGACAGCAACCGGAAAUAUGAGUAGUGCCCGACAACAGCAUGCAGCGAUUAUGUUAGCAAAUGGCAACCUGAUUUAUAUGAUCCAUCGACUGACACUUGGACGAGCACAACUNGCAACAAAUCUUUGGACAGCAACCGGAAAUAUGAGUAGUGCCCGACAACAGCAUGCAGCGAUUGUGUUAGCAAAUGGCAACGUUCUAGUUGCUGGUGGAUAUGAUGGGACUAAUUAUUUAAAUACAGCUGAUUUAUAUGAUCCAUCGACUGACACUUGGACGAGCACAACUCAGUUGAAUGUCCAACGACGUCAACAUACUGUAUCUAUGUUGGGUAAUGGGAAAGCAUUAGUUGUUGGCGGUACUAAUACUGAUAAUUCGCCACUUGGUGCAGAAUAUUACUAA